AUGGCUGUCAUCGAUCCGGAAGAACUGGUCUGGAAUAAUGAUAAACAGCUCCAGGAUUAUCGCAAGUCGGAACAAUUUACCACUCCGAUUGACCACCAUAAUAUCGCCGGGGAGUUUAUCCCAGAGGAUCACGGUUUCGACGGGCUUCUCUCUGUUACACUUCCAGGAUACCCUCGGGCUAUGGACUUGCGUAUGAUCCAGGCUACGACGGAUCUGCCGGACGAAUUCCCCUUCAACGAAGAUUAUAACUCUGGCUACCAUAUGGGUAUUGAUAGGUUGGAACAAUCGACAGUUCACAAUGGCACUCGAAGUAGCUCAGAAACCGUGUUCCUUGGACCGAAAUACCUGAGUGUGAAGACCUUCGAUACCAUGGAAUUUACCCAAGAUGCUGGAAAACAAUAUAUACCCUUUCGCCUAUUAAAGAAAUCCUCUCCCUCUGCUGGAUCUAUCGGGACACCGUAUAUCCUUCUCUACUCAGGUAUCGGCGACGCCGAUGAACUCAGUUCCAUUGGCAUCACUCCUACUGUACAUCUCCCUGAUAUCAGGAAGAACCUCACUGAUCACCUGAGGUACGCUUUAGCUUGGACCGUCAAUAGCACGGACACCAUCGAGAACGUUUACUUGCGAAACGAGACAUUCCAGAGGAGGCACUCGCCGAAUGGGAGGCAAACCGUACAGGAUAUAUCGCGAGUACUUCAGGGAAUCAGUGAUGAGACGGCACACUUUGAGCUGAUUUUCUCGGCGAGUAACUAUUCUCUCGGCUUUCAUUGCAUUCCGUUAUUGAAGGCGAGUAUAGAAUGGUAUCCCUCCAGAGCCCAUCCCACCCACUGGCAACUACUUCAUGAUACUAGUGAUAGUAGUCUGCCCUCUAGCGCGUAUGUCUCAACUCCUUCCUCUUUUCCUCUCAUCUCACAAGGGACAUACCAGGCCGGAGACAUCACUAUUAACAGCACGAACCCUCUCGACCCUCCGCUCAUCAACCCCAACCUCUCGGCACCCCAGGACUUGACUAUAUGCAAGCCGCCAUAA